AUGAGUAUCCCGCCUGAUACUGAUCCUGAUCGUUUCUUGUUGGUUAUGCUAAAAUGUUCGCAACCAGGCGCCUCGGGGGAAGAUAUGCACUCAGGGAAACCGCACGUGGCUCGCCUAACAUCUGCUUCCGUGAACAACUUACCACUUGCCAGCACGCAGACGGUCUCAGUCGAUAAGAGCAGCAACGGUACCAGAAAUCAUCAGCGGGGUUACCUCAGCAACCAAUCGAGUGGAGCUGGGGCUAUUCAGACUCAUGUUAUGGUGAGGUCCUCUCCGGGGUCCAGUUUCAAUGGUGGCCGGACGACUAAGCCUGUCGAGACGGGUCGGUCUCGGCGGCAGCAUAUGGCACGACCAGCAGUACCAGCACUGCCGCCAAGGCAGGAGAUAUCACAAGUGACCACGGUGACGCCGACCGAUACAGUGCUUGUUACUAGGGCAUCUUCAGCCCGUAAACACGAACAACGGAUGACAGGCCGGCGGUCUGCUAAUGGAAUGGAAGCGGCGUUACAAGAGAGGCAUCGUCGUGGCCGUAAAAGAACGGAGAGGUUUGCAAUAUCCAAAGAAAUGCAGGUAAAAGGAGCUGUUAAUGAGUGA